UUGAUGAAGUACAAUUAGUACGAAGUGAUAGGUAGACUCGAGCGUAUUUGAAGACGUUACUGUCAUAGUAGUUCCUCUAAAAUAUUUCUAAAGAUCACCGAAGUGUGAUCAUUCUUCUUUAAUUGUACGAUUUAUGUAAAUUUAGCAAUAAUUUUGAUAAUAAUGGCAGAAAUCGAGUGGCCGUGGCAAUACAGUUUUCCUCCUUUCUUCACCCUUCAACCUCAUACAGAUACUAGAGCCAAACAAUUGGCAGCAUGGAAAAGUUUAAUAUUAGAAUACUAUCGUGUUACAAAACAAUCUAUUGUAGAUGUGAGAGAAGUGCACUCGAGCCCAUUAUUUAACAAUACUGCAAUUAAUCGAAAGCUACCAUCGGAAGUUGUUCUGUUAGUACUUGAAGAAUUAGCAAAAUCAGGAAAUGCAACUCCUCUAGAUAAAACAAGACAGAGGUGGCUGGUUUAUUGGCAUACCUUGGAAGAAUGGGGUGAGAUUAUUUAUAACUGGGCGCAAGAGAAUGGAUUCGUUGGUUCUGUGUGCACAUUAUUUGAAUUAACACAAGGAGAAGACACGACAGAACAGGAAUUUUAUGGACUGGACAACGAAGUACUAAUCAGAGCACUCAAGACAUUAGAGGCAACCAAGAAGGCAGAAUUAAUGCUGUUUGAUGAUAAUCAGGGUGUUAAGUUCUUCUGAAUACAUAACUAUACAAGAGGAUUGUCUAGAAUCUGUAAAUACAACUUUCGCUAUCAAGCGAUAUGGUUGGAAUGAAGGAGACAGGAAAGAAGGCUAGAGAGAGAAAGAAAAUAUUUUGUAUGUAUUGAAAAUGCAAUUAAACAACAUAUUUCAAAGAAA